AUGAACACCAAUGGAAGAUCAUUGCCCCCAAUGGUUAUGUUGCUGGACAGAGAGCAGCAGCUGAAGUUGCGUGAAGACUACGAGGACCAAUCGAACGAAAGCAAUGUCGACCAGCAGCGACCGCGGCCCGAGUCUAUGGCAUCGUUGCCCACGAUGCUGCCGGCUCCUCAGCAUGCUUCGUUCCAAGCGCCCGCGCCACCGACGUCCACUUACCUUCGCACUGACUUUACGACUGGACGUCGCCCUUCCUCUAUGACGACUGCGAGCUUUCGGAAGACAGGCGAACAGGGUGAUGGCGACGGCCUUCAUACCAGCUUUAGCACCAAUGUUCAGAACCCGAAUCCAGUAGCGGCAUUUAUGAAAUCAAACGAUGAGCGGGAGGAUAUGAGGAGCGCCAACUCCUUGUCCGCACCCACUGACUACGAUAAUGUGGAGCAUACAGCAAUGCCUUUCAUCUCCAGUGCUGACUGUCCGGUGGAACAGCGUCCGGAUCCAACAAAAGGGUUUCGAGGAAACAGAAGUAAUUUGAAGCUAUCGGUCAGGUACAUGAUCAUCGGGGCAAUCGUUGGCAUUGCAUUGGGCAUUGUGUUUGCCCAUGUCGGUAUUUCACCCAUUGCGGUGCAGUGGAUUUCGCUGCCUGGUGACUUGUUCCUCCGGGCUGUCAACGCCCUCGUGGUGCCUUAUGUCUUUUGCUCAGUGGCAGUAGCUGUUGGAGAUAUCGUUUUUGUCGGCAAAGUCUCGAUCGUCGGACUGCAGACGCUGAAGAUUUUUGCGAUGGGGUGGCUGACCUCCACGAUCUUGGGGAUCAGUGUGGCUUUCGUCUUUCGUCCGUUUUUUCGUCUCAAGAACAAGUUUGCGAUCCCUAGCGCUAAUGCAGUGGGGUUGACUUGUUCGAAUGGACAAAUGGUUCAGAUGCUGAGCAACAACAGCACUGCCUGCUCUUCUGAUGCGACAGAGCUGUUGCUGAACAAUGCCUUUGUUCUUAUCGAUACAAACAAAGUGUUUGUGACGAAUAGCGAUGCGGUGGUUACUGAUUUGACGCUGAGGAAGCAGCUGAUUUCGACGCUUGAGUCCGUCGUGCCGAACAACAUAUUUGCUUCGCUGGCUGAAGGCAAUCUCUUGUCAAUUAUCGUAUUUGCGGCGGUAUUGGGCUCCAUCGCAGGCCGAAGCUACUUUUCGAAUAGCCGCCGCGUGAAUUACCUUUACCUGGUGCUGUUACAGCUGCGCAACACUUUCUUUUUGGCGAUGGAGUGGGUCAUUUGGAUCACGCCUGUCGCGGUCAUUUCUAUCAUCUCUGGGGCUUUUGCGUCCAGCCAGGACGCAGCAAGUGAGCUGCCCAAAGUUUACAUGUACCUUGUGGCAUGCAUUUUGGCGACAGCACUUCAGAUCUUGGUCGCGUACCCGCUCGUGAUUUUUUCUCUCACGCGGUGCAACCCGUACGUGCACAUGCAAUACAUGAUCCGCUCGUAUCUCUUCGCUUUCGGAUCAUCUUCGUCGCUGGCCACUGCUCCAGUGACUCUUGGUUGCCUGCAGAAAGCCCGCGUAUGCUCACAGUCGAUAGCCACUUUUGUCGUCUCCAUAGGCGUCGUUACGAAUAUGUCGGGCUCGGGAUGGUACUUUCCGAUUGGUAUGAUUUUUCUCGCCGAGUCGUCCGGCAAUGGCGACGCGCUCAAUUUCUUACAUCUCGUGGUAAUUUUCUUUCUGACACUCGUCGCCUGCACUAGCGCGCCGCCUGUGCCAAAUGGAGGAAUGGUACUCAUGUCUACCAUGUACAAGACUGUCUUCGGUGUGAGCAUUCUGCCAUCCACGUGGCCUCUGUACGUCGCAAUGGAUAUUCUAGCUGACCGUCUGGCAAGUGUUUGCAAUGUCAACGACGAGAUCAUGGCCCUUAAGGUAAUUGCCGAGAUCACGGAUGAAACGGUGGCAGGCGACCACAUCAGCCAGCGCAACUAG